AUGUAGUCCUUGGGCGUAACCUGGUGCUCGUGGGCACCACAUUGGUGACCCCUGCUCUAGUCUGAAAAGACUCAAAAAUGCUCAAAGGAGUGAAUGUGACCCAAAGUCAACUGGCUCCUAGUCACCCUCGACUAUGAACAGAAUGGGCGUUAGAUGGGAUGAAUACAUGGUACCACUCAAAUGUUUUCAUUCUGAGAGGAACUAUAAUAAUCUGUCAGCGCUAUUGCUACUGUUUCUUCUAAUUUGACAAAGAUUACGAUACUAUCAAGUGGUAACUGAGGGUGGAGGUUUUGCAGGCCCCAAACCACUGGUUGUUACAAACACAGAUGUGCUGUGAGUCAGACAAACAUAAAACUUGUACAGGACAUACAGCACAUGUGCAGCCAAGAGUAAAUUCAGUGUAUUUCCUCUCAUUUGCUUUUGUUGUGCAUUUGGCCUAAAACAUUUGAAUGUUUUAGGUCAAAGAAAAAAGGUAGUAAUGUCUAGUGCACAGAUCAGGGUGCUCUGUGCAAACCUCAGCGCAACCACAGUGGCGGAGGCUGCCGCCUGGUUUGAACUGAAAAGAAAAUAGAAUGUUUCCAAAAACUUGGAUGUCCAAAGAAAAGUGUGAGUGUCGAGUGAAAGAAUGAUGGAAAGUACGAACUGAGAAAGAGAAACCGUAGGGGGAAAAAAACAGCAAAAGAUGAUAGGAAAGGAAGCGAGUGAGGGAAGGAGGGGAGGGAGAGUGAGGCCCAGUGACCUCACGUCACAUGUGACGCGGGCUCCACCACUCACAGAGGGGGAGAGUUUGUGCCUGUGUGUGUGGAGGAUGGCGAGGAGGAUGCAGAUGCAUUGUGGCUUUUAGCUUUUUACUAGCACUGACGCCUUAGUCAGGGUACCAACAUUGGGCGAGAGAAACAAGGACCACGCUAUCAGGCUACGUUGCUAACCUCAGACUCCGCAGCCCGUUGCGUCAAAGACCACCACGAACCGAACCCUUCUCGUCCCUUGAGGUCAGUUUGGAAGGCCUCCUGUCAUCUCCAGCUCAGUCACGAACCCAAACUUCUUGCUUGCAAACAGUUCUAGGAGCUGAAUGACUGCUGUCCUCUCGGGCUCACAUCCGUCUCUUCCCAAAGGUUGGUGGAGGCCGAGUGCUGAGAGACGUUCCUUGUCAUGGCAUCCAACAGCAUCUUUGACUCCUUCUCCAACUACAGCAGCAGUCUGCUCAGAGAGCCGCCCACCACCAGACGGUUCACGCCGCCCUCCACGUCCUUCACCUGUAGUAAGCUCGUAGACGGCACCGGGGCCAUGGCCACCCCGGGGCCGCUCAGGGCCAGACCCGACACCAGGAAUGUGGUGGACGUCCUGGCGGACCACGCCGGCGAGCUGGUCCGGACCGACAGCCCCAACUUCCUGUGCUCGGUCCUGCCGUCCCACUGGAGGUGCAACAAGACUCUCCCCGUGGCGUUUAAGGUUGUGGCCCUCGGCGAUGUCCCCGACGGCACUCUGGUCACCGUCAUGGCCGGGAACGACGAGAACUACUCGGCCGAGCUGAGGAACGCCUCCGCCGUGAUGAAGAACCAAGUGGCCCGCUUCAACGACCUGCGCUUCGUUGGGAGAAGCGGACGAGGAAAAAGCUUCACGCUGACCAUCACAGUUUUUACCGGACCGCCUCAAGUGGCCACAUACCACCGCGCCAUCAAGGUCACUGUGGAUGGGCCACGUGAACCGCGAAGACACAGAGUGAAGAUGGAAGACUCUCAGAAGCAAUUUUCGGACAGGCUGUCAGAAAUCGAACGCUACCAGAGAACCAUGCGAAUAGGUCCGGUGAACAAUAACCCUCGGCCCCUUCCCCAAAGUCACCUAAGCACCACACCAGCAGCUCUGUGGCAAGAUCAGAUGGACACCCCUUCUCUGAAGACAUGCAAGGUGGAGGAAGACCUCAGACCAUGGCCAGGGACAACCGAUCUAUUCCAGCAGAGGACCACCUUCCCGUCUCCCCUGACCGACCCCCGCUUCUCAGACCCCCGCAUACAUUACCCAGGGGCCUUCCCUUACUCCACCAACACUUCCAGCACUGGCAUCAGCGGCCUCAGCAUGUCUGCUCCAUCGAGAUACCACACCUACCUGCCGCCUCCCUACUCAAACAACCAGAGCCAAAACUUCCAAUCCAACUCCUACUUGUAUUACGGCACAGGAUCUGGGUCCUACCAGUUCUCCAUGGUUGCAAACACCGGAGGUGAGCGCUCCCCUACCCGUCUCCUCUCCUGCUCGGGUGCCUCGGGCACCGGUGGCACCAACAGUCUGAUGAACCCAAGCCUGAACACCCAGAGCGAUGGCGUAGACGCUGACGGCAGCCACAGCAAUUCCCCCACGGCCAUGAGUGCCUCGGGCCGUCUGGAUGAAUCUGUCUGGAGGCCUUACUGACUGGUAGACGCUUGGAACCCGAUGAUACGGGAAGGGUGGAAAAGUGAGGAGAAUGAUGAACAAAAUCCCGAACACUGAAAGAAAAGAAGCAAAAAAAGAGAUAAAAGAUGCAUGUUUGUCUUUCAUUUCCAUAGCAGUCGCUUAUUAAGACUUUCUGCAUUUGAAGUUGACAGAACGUCCACGUAUUUUGUAAACUCUUGUGUGAAUUUUUGCACUGUGCUAAGAUAUGUACCCUUUAAGCCUAUCAAAAGCCAUACGAACUGAGAGAAGCCAUAUACUGUAGUUAACAGCAGACGGUGGACAGACUCUUCAGACUGAGUCAGCCCUCAUGAGGGUGAACGAGAGCAACCAGACUGAAUGUUUGCCCCGUGAGUGACUCAGACAUCCCUCCAAGGCUUGGCUCCACUGCUGUAGCAAUCAGUCCUUCUAAGCUUCCACUUGGAAUUAUGCAAAAACAUGAUGUCAAACCUAUUUUUAAAAAAUACUCCCAGGUAGCAUCCUAAGCGUCAUCAUAUGCCCAGAUGGCCCUAACUUAUUAUUCAAAUAGACACCUUGGCGAUGUGGUAUGCAGGUUGGCUUCAGUACAGUACAGUUGGACGUCCUCUGCUGUGACAUCAGGGAAUCAAGUUUGAAAAAGAUGGACGACAAUAUUUGGAGGAAUGUACAGAGGAGACUUUGCUCUCUUUAGUCCCUGCAGGAAUAAGCAAGCCCCUUGACUCUUUGCCUUUUAUUGAGGCAUUCUGGUGUUUUGAAACUGGAUGACACGGUUUACUUUUUGAUAUUUAUUUGAGCCAAAUUCUGAGGAAAUGUGUGCGUCUACCCCCACAUCCUUAAAGCAUUUCUCUUCGUCUUUCCUCUUUUUAUAUAUAUAUUUUUUACAGUAUAUGGAUAUCAUGUUUUGUUGUUAAGUAUACAUUUGGAAUUCGUGUAAUAUAUUGCAACUAAAUUAUGAAAGAAAACAAAGCUUUAAUGUUAUUAUUUUGUCUUUCAAUGUAGCUUUGAUGCACUAAAAAUCUUUAUUCUAUAUGAACCACGCCCAACUUUGUUUGUGAGAUGGUAGCUAAGCCCUUCAUCUUUUCAUUUUCCCAAAUUUACCUUCCUGUGCUUACAAGCCAUUUGCUUCAUUUUUGCACUAUUCCAAUUAUGAUUCCCCAUCCCCAUCCCCAGCCCUGUUUCCUACUUACAGACAUCUAAAAAAAAACGAUAACAUUUGUGCAUUUUCGUGUACGUAUUUGCUGAACACACAUAUGCACAGCUCCUAAUUUAACAUCCACGUACAUACCGGCAUCACACACGUGUGUGUUAGUGCGUACACUUCCCUUGUCGCUACCCUUGUGAGCCUUCAAUCGCUGAAGAAGGUAGAAGAGAGGGAUGUCAGGGAGGUCACAGUGGUGUCUUCUUACCAACACCAAAGGCGAUUAUUCCAAAGAAGAAAGCUGUCUACUGGUCACAGGCCCUUUGUUCUGGUUAAUCUGGAAGGACUUUGAAACCUUUCUGGCCUUCAAUGUUGCUUUUGGACUAAUUUAAUCAUUGGUGCCAGGGGCUCAUGACUCUGGCACUAUUUCAUACACCCACAUAAGAUGAUCUUCUGUGUAUCAGGUAUCAAGCAAAGAGAAGAUCUUCCACAACAUGAGUCAUGAUUCUAAAAGUUGUUUGGUUCCAAAAUGAGAGAAUAGUGAGCCAAAAAAGAAUGAGCAUUUGCUCCAAGUUAUGCAAUCAUACAGUCUUUAUUUCUCUUACCAUUCAAUCAAUUUCUAGAGCACUUGUCCUUAUUAGGGUCAUGGAUGAUCAUGGAUGAGGUGGAGCCUAUCUCAUCUUAACUUUGGGCAAGAGGUUGGGAACACCAGGGACUGCUUUCCAGUCAAUCACAGCCUUAUUCCUCUUACUAUGUCACAUUCCUGUCUCCUUGUGCUACAGAGGAAAAGCACCUUCCCUGCCCCCCUUUACAAUGUGGUUGAAGACUUUUAUUGUAGCCAAACAAAAAACAAAACAAAAAAAACGCAGCUACAGAAACAAAACCAACAAAAAAAAAUAUUUAUACGUGUAAAAAACAGUGAAUGAUGGCUGUGUGGUAAAAGUCAUGUCAUUCUCAAUGUAAAACUAGGAAGCCAAAUUGUAUCCGUGAAUUGUAUUUUAAUGUAUAUUGGAUUAAUGGCCACAAUACUACUUGCUUGUUUCUUUUCAAAAGAAUUCCCAUUUUCUUUCAAUGUACCAAAAACCUUAAUUGCUUUCUUUGUUUUUAUGCUCAAAGCAUGUACAUGAGAUGUUAAUUUAAAGAAUCCCUGUAUGUAUUAAUAUCAUUCAUGUUUCCAUAUGAGUGCUUGUAAAGUUUGCAGAUAAUGUAGUUUUUAAUAAUUGUAAUUAAAAACAAAUGUGUUACA